AGUGAGGAGCCGAGCGGAACGGCCUCUGGUGACAUUUUCUCCGGGCGGCGCGGACGAGUGAAGGGACUUGGUGGUGGUGGAGACUGCGGAGGCGGCGAAAUCUGCUUUGGCCCUCGUAGAGCUCCGACUGCGCCCCUCCAAUCGCUGCCGGCGCUUCUGCAGAGGAAGAGAAGGCGACGGUGGCCGCCGCCUCUCAGGUCACUGCGGCUGGGAGAGUCGUGGCCAGGGGGUCGGGUCGGUUCGUGCCCCGACGGGGCGCGCAGAGGAGACGAGGAGGUGCGGAGCCGCAGCAGAGCACAGGUGGCUUUCCUGUUGCAUCUUUGAUAUAGUUUCCUAGACUCUGCUCCAUGAUUUAACUCAAUUCUGAAAUGAAGAUGGAGGAGGCAGUGGGAAAAGUCGAAGAACUCAUUGAGUCUGAAGUUCCACCAAAAACAUCUGAACAAGAGACAGCCAAGGACGAAGAUGGAUCUGUAGAACUAGAACCUCAAGUUCAGAAAGAUGGUGUUGCAGAUUCUACAGUUCUUUCUUCAAUGCCUUGUUUGUUGAUGGAACUGAGAAGGGACUCUUCUGAGUCUCAGUUAGCAUCCACAGAGAGUGACAAACCGACAACUGGCCAAGUUUAUGAGAGUGACUCCUCUAACCACUGCAUGCUUUCGCCUUCUUCUAGUGGACACCUGGCUGACUCAGAUACAUUGUCUUCUGCAGAAGAGAAUGAACCCUCCCAGGUAGAAACAACAGUAGAAGGAGACCCUUCUGGAGUGUCUGGUGCCAGUGUUGGGCGCAAGUCUAGACGGUCCCGAUCAGAAAGUGAAACAUCCACUAUGGCUGCCAAGAAAAACCGGCAAUCCAGUGAUAAGCAGAAUGGCCGAGUUGCCAAGGUUAAAGGUCACCGGAGCCAAAAGCACAAGGAAAGAAUCAGGCUACUGAGGCAGAAACGAGAGGCUGCUGCUCGGAAGAAAUACAACUUGCUUCAGGACAGUAGUACCAGUGACAGUGACCUGACUUGUGACUCAAGCACGAGCUCGUCAGAUGACGAUGAAGAGGUUUCAGGGAGCAGCAAGACAAUCACUGCAGAGAUACCAGGCCACUUGGAUCCAGGAUUCCUAGUGAAUGAUAAAACAUCUGCUGGCAAUGUACCACUUAAUGAAGAAAUUAAUAUCCCCUCUUCAGACAGUGAAGUGGAAAUUGUGGGGGUUCAGGAACAUGCAAGGUGUGUUCAUCCUCGAGGAGGUGUGAUUCAGAGUGUCUCUUCCUGGAAGCAUGGCUCAGGCCCGCAGUAUGUGAGCACCCGGCAAACACAGUCAUGGACUGCUGUGACUCCCCAGCAGACUUGGGCUUCACCUUCUGAGGUUGUUGACCUGACCCUGGAUGAGGAUAGCAGACGUAAAUACCUACUGUAAUAGGAUGUCACUGUGUGUCCUCUGCACUGUUCCCUCCCACUUCCUCCUCCUCCUCUUUGUGGCACAGAUGUUCAUUGUCAUAGCUUCAGCCUCAGAAGCUGUUUGUGGCAUUUGUAGAAUGAAACUCAUGGAAAUUUUUGACACCCCCUCCCCCCCCCUUUUUUUUUUCAAUUAACAGAAGUCACUUAGGAAAAUAACUUAUAAACAAAGAAAAGAAUUUCUUUCCUUCUUUCUUUCAAUCUGAAUAUGAAAAUGAUGAGUUUUUAUUAGACAAUUUUAUUUUACCUGGUGACUUUUAGUCUUAGGACUAACUGCCUUCCUUCUAGAAUAUUUAAUUACCAGAUAAAAUGGAUUUCAGUUUUUGGAUCUAGUAUUUAUUCUUCUUUGUAAUGAAAUUAAUGUCUAGACUUGACCACUAUCAGCCCACCCUAUUGGCACUCCCUCCCACCUUA